UUUCCCGGCGUGCCUUGCGCCGUGGAGGUGGCUCCCUUUGGUCCCUAAUGUUUUGGCCGAGCCAAAAUGGCGGUGCAGGAAUCAGCUGCUCAGCUCUCCAUGACCCUGAAGGUGCAGGAGUACCCGACCCUCAAGGUCCCAUACGAAACGCUGAAUAAACGAUUUCGGGCCGCACAGAAAAACAUCGAUCGGGAAACGAGUCACGUGACGAUGGUGGUGGCCGAACUGGAGAAAACCCUGAGCAGUUGUCCUGCUGUUGAUUCAGUUGUUAGCCUCCUGGAUGGAGUUGUUGAAAAGCUCAGUGUGCUGAAGAGAAAGGCAGUCGAAUCUAUCCAGGCCGAAGACGAGAGCGCCAAGCUGUGCAAACGUAGGAUCGAGCACCUGAAAGAGCACAGCAGCGACCAGCCGGCGGCUGCCAACAUGUGGAAGAAAAAGCGCAUGGAUCGCAUGAUGGUGGAACACCUCCUGCGCUGCGGCUACUAUAACACAGCAGUAAAAUUAGCCAGGCAAAGCGGCAUCGAGGACUUGGUAAAUAUUGAGAUGUUCUUGACAGCCAAGGAAGUGGAAGAAUCUUUGGAAAGACAAGAGACUAUGACUUGCCUGGCUUGGUGUCAUGAUAAUAAAUCCAGGCUUAGGAAAAUGAAGGGCCGUCAAAACGAGAACGAAACGAAGAUGGGACGCAAAAGUAAAUCGGCCAGUGAUUACACUAAAGAAACCGAUGAUCUUGUUAUGGAAACCCUAAAAGGAAAACCUGAAUUGAGCUGUCUGGAGUUCAGCCUAAGGAUCCAGGAGUUCAUUGAACUCAUUCGACAGAAUAAGCGACUGGAUGCUGUGAGGCAUGCAAGAAAGCAUUUCAGUCAGGCUGAAGGAAGUCAACUGGAUGAGGUUCGACAAGUAAUGGGAAUGUUGGCCUUCCCAUCAGACACUCAUAUCUCCCCUUAUAAGGAUCUUUUGGAUCCUGCACGAUGGAGGAUGCUGAUUCAGCAGUUUAGGUAUGAUAAUUAUAGACUACAUCAGCUGGGGAACAACUCUGUCUUCACUAUAACGCUCCAGGCAGGCCUUUCAGCCAUAAAGACACCACAGUGCUAUAAGGAGGAUGGUAGUUCCAAAAAUCCAGAUUGCCCUGUAUGUAGCAAGUCGCUCAACAAGCUGGCCCAGCCCUUGCCUAUGGCCCACUGUGCCAACUCGCGGCUAGUCUGCAAGAUUUCCGGAGACGUCAUGAAUGAAAAUAAUCCUCCCAUGAUGCUACCGAAUGGAUACGUGUACGGAUACAACUCCCUGCUUUCUAUUCGUCAGGAUGACAAAGUCAUUUGCCCAAGAACCAAAGAAGUCUUCAACUUCUCACAAGCUGAGAAAGUAUACAUCAUGUAGGUUCCUCUCCACCUGCGAUGGCGUUCCGCUGGAAUGUGACCCAAAAUAGGAUGACGUGCCCUGUGCGGUGCGGCCUUGUGUGGCAAAGAAGCAUGAUCUGCCAUCUUGAGGAUCAGACCUGUCGAUGGCAUUAUUGUUUCUUGCGACCAAAGAUCAAUGAGCAACAAUAAAUACUCUUAGGAAAAGAGGAGAUCUGACUUAAUAAGUUUGUACUUGAAAACAACAUUUUGAUUGGUAGGAUUUUGUAACAUAAGUCACAUUUAAUGCUUCUGAAAAGUACUUUAAUCUUUCAAAAGAUCAUUCUUCUUUGAGGAUCGACUUUCACACUGGGGAAAACUUGAAAAUGCAGCUUAAGACGUGAUUCUGUUUUCUUUUCCCCGUUGUUCUCCCUCAGUUUUUCCUCACCAUUUUUUUGCUAAUGACCAGAAAUGGAUUAAAAUAAGGGGUUUCUCCCCGAGAGCCUAUUGCCUUCUCUGCUGGGGACCCUACAGUGAAGUGGUAGCAAUGCUGGAUGUAAAAUACCCCAAUUACUUCAUCUCGUGGAACAGUUAACUAGACUGUGACUCCAUCCCAGAAUCAAGCAGAAGCUCUCUUUUAAAAACUGGAUUUCCAGAGGUGGCCAAAAAAUACAAAGAGCAUAUAGUGUGACAGGCUGAAAUGUUUUUUCUAGAUUCUUCCACUUUCCCUAGUGUUGAAGUCUUUCCAAAGUUAUUAGUUACGUGCUUAGGGUUCAAUAGCAAAUCAUUAGUGCUACUGCCUUAUUUCUUGCUUUGAGAAUGUAUUCACAUGGAAAUCUGGUAUCCUUUAGUGUUGGACAGUUUCUGAAGAGGCCUUACAACAUGGUUACCUAAGUUAGGGUCUAAAUAUUAUUCAUUACAGGAACUAAUGGUUCAGUUUUAAUGAUUACAGAUGACUUUUCAAGACCAAGCCAACCAUUGUAGUUUAAACAAAACCGUAUUGUAGAGGUUUGUAUCUAGCACUUAUUUUUGCAUGUUGAUGUUGAUUAGCUAAUAAAAAGAUUGUAAAUGUAAAACA